CUUUGUUCCGUUUUAAUCCAAAGAAAUAAACUCUUCUCUGCCUCUAGAAUCUAUUCAAUUUUACAAUCUUUCUUCUUCAACAAAUCUCCCCACCCAAACACGGUAUAAGCAUAACCGGUUUCUGUUUUAUAAUGGGGUUUCCAGAAUAACCAGAAAUUGGAAGCCAUUAUGUCGCCGUUUUCUUUUAAGGUUACAUUCUUAUCGGCUCUGUUCCUCUGUUUUGUCCAACGCUUCACCGGAAUCUUUGCGGCAACGGAGUUCGAUUUCGGGACCAUAACUCUCAGCAGCUUGAAACUCCUUGGUGAUGCUCACUUAAACAAUGGGAGCGUGAGACUCACUCGCGACAUCCAAGUCCCUUACUCCGGCGCCGGCAGAGCGUUGUAUUCGAAACCGGUGAGAUUCCGGGAACCGGGAACUCAUUCUCCUUGUAGCUUCUCGACCUUCUUCUCCUUCUCCAUUACGAACCUGAACCCGUCUUCCAUCGGCGGCGGUUUAGCCUUUGUCAUUACCCCGGACGGUGAAUUCGUCGGCGCCGGCGGCGGCUCUUUGGGGCUCUUGGACGAUAAGCGUCAGGCCUCGGGGUUCGUGGCGGUGGAGUUCGACACUCUUAUGGACGUAGAAUUCAAUGACAUUAAUGGAAACCACGUUGGUUUGGAUCUCAACAGUUUGGUUUCUUCACAAGUUGGUGAUUUGGGAGCUUUGGAUAUCGAUCUAAAGAGCGGCAACCUCAUUAACUCAUGGAUCGAAUACGAUGCUCCAUCUGGGGUUUUCAAUAUCACAAUUUCGUACUCAAAUUUGAAGCCUAAAGAGCCCAUGCUAUCGUUCCCUCUAAAUCUGGAUCAAUAUGUUACUGAUUUCAUGUAUGUAGGAUUCUCAGGCUCAACACAAGGAAGCACAGAGGUACAUAGUAUAGAAUGGUGGAGUUUUAGUUCUUCUUCCGAGCCAACAUCUUCGGCGCCUCCUCCGCCUCCAACGACUACUUUACUGAACCCAACGGCUAACUCUGUUAAGUCAGCGCCACCUUCAUUGGCUCCAUCGAGUUCCCAUUCGAGUAAGUCUUCUUCUUCUUCUUCCUCAUGUCAUAACCGGCUUUGUAAGCAAGGUCCAGGGGCUGUGGCAGGGGUGGUAACGGCAGGGGCUUUCGUUUUUGCCUUAUUCGCCGGCGGUCUCAUUUGGGUUUUCUCUAAAAAGAUCAAGCAUGUUGAGAAAUCGGAGACUUCUCCAUCGGAGAUUAUCAAAAUGCCGAAAGAGUUCAGUUAUAAAGAGCUGAAAGCAGCCACGAGAUGUUUCAAUGCCAAUCGAAUAAUCGGUCAGGGUGCAUUCGGGACUGUCUAUAAAGGCAUUUUACCGAAUAACGGCGACAUUGUGGCCGUCAAGAGAUGUAGUCAUAACAGUCAAGGCAAGAAUGAGUUUUUAUCGGAGUUGUCUAUAAUCGGAAGCCUUCGGCAUCGGAAUCUCGUAAGGUUGCAGGGAUGGUGCCACGAGAAAGGUGAAAUUCUAUUAGUUUACGAUUUAAUGCCUAAUGGGAGUCUUGAUAAAGCAUUGUUUGAAGCCAGAACGCCAUUGCCAUGGCCUCAUAGGCAGAAAAUUUUGUUAGGAGUGGCCUCUGCUUUGGCCUAUUUGCAUCAAGAGUGUGAUCACCAGGUUAUUCAUAGAGACGUUAAGACCAGCAACAUAAUGUUGGAUGAAGGGUUCAACGCCAAGAUAGGUGAUUUCGGUUUAGCAAGGCAAAUUGAGCACGAUAAGUCGCCUGAUGCCACGGUAGCUGCCGGCACGAUGGGAUAUUUGGCUCCCGAAUAUCUCCAAACAGGACGAGCGACCGAGAAAACUGAUGUGUUUAGCUACGGAGCCGUGGCUCUAGAGGUGGCUAGCGGAAGAAGACCAAUCGAGAGAGAUGCCAAUUCCAUGGCGAAAGCCAGGGUGAGUGGGAAUUUGGUGGAAUGGGUUUGGAGUUUGCAUAGAGAAGGGAGAUUGUUAACCGCAGCCGAUGCAAGACUUGAAGGUGAUUUCGACGAGGGCGAGAUGAGAAGGGUCCUUCUUAUGGGGUUAGCUUGUUCGCACCCAGACCCACUGAUCAGACCCACAAUGAGAAGCGUGGUCCAAAUGCUGGUGGGUGAAGCUGAUGUCCCAAUUGUUCCAAGAGCUAAACCCUCAAUGAGUUUCAGCACAUCUCAUCUAUUGUUAAGCUUGCAAGACAGUGUAUCCGACUGCAAUGGCACAACCACCAUGUCAAGUUCCUCAUCAGAAAGUAGCCACAUUGGUCCGGACCUGGUUUAAAUUCAUACAUUCAUUUGUUUAUGUAUUUAUGACACAAAAUCUUGAAAAAAAACACAAAUUUCAGUGAUUUGGGUAUUGCAAAAUCUUGUGCCAAUCAACGUUGAAAAUAGGGGUCACCGGUUGGCUAGUUGCUUUCACCCAAAGUGGCAAAUGGAGACAUGGGAGUUGGAGUAGAGGAUCGGUAAAGUAUAGUGGUGAAAAAGAAACAAAAAGGUUCGUAUUUAUUACCGACUUAGUUUAAA